AGUCACUCAUCGUAGUUGCUAGUUGCCAUAUUUACGUUGCGGGAUUUUUAGAAUUUUGAAACAAAAUUGCGAUUUACGUCACACGCGUGUUUCUUUCAGUAUCCUCUUUGAGUUAACUCCAGAGGCAUUAAGCCAAGUGUUUUAUAAAAGCAAACUUCGUGACCAAUAGUGUAAAAACAUGUCCACCGUUUAAUGUUAAACAAUAUAGCUAAUAAUAUGUCAACUAAAAUGAAAUCUAAAAGCAUAAUUAUGUGUAUUAUACUUGCGAAUGGAUGUUAUGUGCUGAGAGCCGAAAGUAUUGCAAAAACGAAUAAAAUGCAAAUUAAUUAAAAAUACCCAUAAAUGUGUAUCAAUUAACUAAUUCAUGCAUUGGUACCUAAACCGCAGUGUGGAUAGUUGAAUUUGAUUAAUGAGCAGUCUGGUACCUUAUUGUGAUUCAAAUUAAAUAAAAAUACAUAAAAUAAUGUUAACAAAACAUAUUGUAUAAUCUGGGAUUAUUAUCCGAAAUGUUAACAACAAAGUUUUUUUGAGUGAAUUGCCAUAUAAAACCUAAGUUCUGAAUCUCUUUGAGUGUUUUUCUAGGUGUUACAAAUGAACGUUAGGUGAACAAAACUAUGUCACUCUGUAGCUAUAUGUUGAGAGAGCAUAGAACCAUGAAAACACCUGGUGACCAAUGUGAAGUUAAGUCAUAAUUAUGAAAUUAAAUGAGACCUCUUGUGAUAGUUCAGGAAACGUACAUAUGUGUACGCACUGUGUGUAUAACAACUAUUAAAAUAGUGUUAAAAUAAAUGGAGAGGAAAUCAAAGCAACAUGAAAACUCCUAUAAUAGUAUUUUAGUGCUAUCUCAGUUAACUUCUUGAGUCGAGAAACUCUCCUACUUGUAGAAUAAACGAAGCAGCCAAAUCCAUAUAUUGGUAGUGAAGCAAAAUGGUGUUGUUGAGUAAUCCACUUGUAUUACCAAUUACUCGCUUAAAAUGGAUGGUUACUUACUCUAUGGUACUACUACUGUUACAGCUUGUUCGUGUCGUUGUUGGUGGAGAAAAAUUGGCCCUCUUAUCUGCAACCCUGCGCACUUACCAAAAAGCUGCUUGUGACAGCGAUCAGGUCAUUAUCGCUUGUCCACGCGGCACAAGCAUUUCAAUCGAGUUCGCACAGUACAACAAUUUCGAAAACAAAGAUGGAUUCAGCAUCGAUGACUUAUGUCCACUAGACACUUCCGCGAAAAAGGUGCAAUCGAAGGCCAAACACCUUCUACGUGGUUCCACAUUCGGAGUUCCCGGAUCAAAGAUUCCUACCAUCCAACACCUUUAUGGCCAGACUACGGAAAUCCCGAGCUCAAGCCUGCCAACAGAUACACUCAUGACAGAAGAAACGGAAGGUGCCGGUGCGCGUAAGGAAAAUGCCGCGAAUGUUAAUAUAAAAGACGAUGACUCCACCGAAAAUUGCAUGUGGCCAAACGCACUGCAGUAUUCGUUGCUGCAGACGGUCGUUGAGGCUUGCCAAAAAAAGAAGCAUUGCAAAUUUAACGGUGCCCCACAUUUCUAUAGACUGAGCACAGGCGGUGAUGCAAAUAAUUAUAAUAACACCGUUAGCACCGUAAAUGUAGAUCCUUGUCACAAACGACGUAAAAUUGUUGAGGUGGCUUAUAAAUGUCGUCCAUAUGAAUUUCGUAGUAAAGUGGCCUGUCACAAUGAUAUGGCUCAAUUAGAGUGUAAUCCUUAUUCACGAAUCGCGGUCUACAGUGCGAGCUUCGGACGCACCGAAUAUGAGAGCAUUCAGUGUCCACAACCUCAAGGAGUACGAGAAGAAACUUGCCAAGCAUCAUAUGCCACCGAAACAGUAAUGCAGAUAUGCCAUGGGCGCCGUCGUUGUAACUUAGCUGCAGAUGCGAACACAUUCGGGUCACCAUGCCAACCGAACUCGAAAAUGUAUCUGAAAGUAGUUUAUACUUGUGUGCCAAAACAAGUUUUAAAAGAUCGAUACGAAUCGGAAGUUGAAGGAGAUGAGAUUGAAGAAUUCAAUGGAGAUAAUGAGGUGUACGACGAUGAAUUAAACUAUAAAGAAUCUGAAGCGAUUCCGAAGGUGUAUAGCAACAGUACUGUUUCUGUUGCUAGGUCAAAUGGUACAAAUGUUUCAUCAACUCCUGCCUCUUCGAACUUUAAUAACGACAAUAUAUCAUUUCAUCUUGAAAUACCAGACAGCGCCAGUAUCAAUCCGGUCAUGACACACAGUGCCGACCUAAGUCUGGAAGACAACCAGGAGCGACUGUAUUUAUAUCUUCUAAUCGCCGGUUUAAUCGGUGUAAUUAUAUGCAUAAUUAUUGUGUCUGUUCAUGUUUGGAUGCAAAAACAUCAAGCUCUCAGUUCGGAGACUCAGAUGGCACCCAUAGACGGUUCUGGUAACCCAUGUGCUGAUACUACCAUUCCCAAUGGCUUCAAUGACACGAUAUCAGAGAUUGACGCCGAAAUCGAUAUGCCAACUACUAUUUCUGUACCGAGUGUUUUGAAAAAUGAGAAUUAUAUUUCCUAUGGAUCAAAUGGUGGUUUAUACAAUGGCCUUGGAUCAUCCAGCAGGUCCCAGAAUUCAUCGACUCUUGUAUUACAAGGUGGAGUAAGUAUGCCUCCCACGGGUGUCAUCGGUACAUCUGCGUCCUCAACAAUAAUCACAAAUCCUGGCGUAUGCGGGGCACGGCAAUCUCCGGAUAUCAUCGGUAUUUCAACAAAAGCUCACUUAGCGGUGCCCACAAGUAGCGCAAUUGGCUAUCAAACGGGUGUUGGUGGCAUAUUGGCACCAGCAAUUGUAAUUGGUAGCAAUGGAACUAGCAUCAGUAAUUCGCUUAGUUGUGGUCCCAUGGCCUCAAUUGGACAGUACACAACUGCACCCACGAUACGUGCGAGCUAUAUCAUCAACGCAGAGGGAAUGUUGAAGCGACCUCCGAAUCUCCAAACUCCACCAAUGACAAAUUCCUCAAACAACAGCCAGUAUUCGACAACGUCCACACUACGUCGAAACAAGACCACUGUUCCUUCCGCACUGCAACAACAGUUAUCUUACGAUGGUACAGCUCCACGUACAUUAUCUACUGGGGUUCCAGUGAACUCCCAAUUCUAUUAUGGAUGACAAAAUUUAGAGGAAUGUUUUGGAAUGAAGACUAUUUUGUUCGAUACCACUCAACAUAAAGCUGAGGAAAUCUCCACGCUUACUGCCCAGCUCUCAUACAGCACAUUAACAGAGCAAUCACCCAAAAAAAGUGAGAAUCAUAAUGUAAAUGACAAUCCUAACUCAAACUACGAGAACACAACCGUGAUGAAGAGUCAGGACCAUGGACCAUCGGAACCUCAAGCUCAGAUAGUUGUCAAUAACAAGGAGUCGGAGAUAUCUUUUUGCUAUUGAACGUAGUUCAACUGACAAAAGACAUGGAAGUGUAAUAUGUAAAUUUAGCAACAAUUUCUACAUUAGUUAAUUGUAUAUAGUAUUUGUAUCACCCACAGACAUAAAUGUGGUAUAUACCUAAAUAAAUAAGAGAUUAGAAUUAUAAGAGUAUAUACGUAAAAAUUCUUAUAAUUGUAUAGUGUUAGGUAGCGUUAUUUGUAAGAUAUGAGUUUCUAAAAAAUCAUUCAGCGAUAGUAUUUCAGUUUGUUGCGUACAAUAUUAAACCCAUUCAUUAUUUCAAAGCCAGAGUUUAAAGGAGGCGAAAAAUGUCUACAUAUGUAUGUACGCUUAAGAAUAUUGGAAAGAAAUGUACUAAUUUUCUUAAAAAAUUCUCAUCAGCAAUGUUGAAUAAUGUAAACUAGUAUUUGGCUGUAUAAAAAUAGUAUUAAUGAUGACUUUUCGGAACUGUAUUGUUAAAUAGUAGCAAAAAAUAACAAAAAAUCUGAAAAAAUAUGUUAACUACACGA